ACAAGGUUAUGUGGUGCUUUCUCACAAGGGCAGGUCUGUACACCAAGCAUCUCCCCACAGAGCUGAACCUUCGGGGACCCACCCCCAGCUGUCCCGACAACACAGCUCUGACCUAGACGAUAAUACCACGGAGUCUUGAGAAGCCCCCACCCCAAGCUAAAAGCACACCCUGAGUGGGGACAGCAGAUCUGGGGAAUACUCAGCUGCAGAAGGGGCCAGAAUGAGGCUGGCCUUGCAGACUUUGGCUCAUUCCUCAAACAUUCUACCUUAAGCUUUUGAUUGCGAGGCAUCCAUUUCAAAGAUAUCCAUCUUGAAUAAGCACAUCCCCCGAUACAGAACUAGAUGAUGGGCCAGGCUGCCCUACCCAUGGAGUUCCCCUUUUAGAAAGUUCUGGAUGACCUAGAUAACUGACCAUUUGAGUGGCUUCCCUUUUCCCUUCCACACUUUCUCUCUUAUCUUUUAAAUUCACCAAUUAAGAGUGAACAUGCAAUACCCUGGGCACCCCACCCUCACCCCAAUAAAAGCAGAGCCCAGGUCUGAGCUCUCUCCCUCUGUGAGACCUUGCUGUGCGGCCUCAGCGGUUCCAGGUAGCCUCCAGGACGCCCAGGGCAUCUAGAAAAAGAAGAGAAGACAGCUCACAUCCAAGAAGGAGACAAGCAGAAGUGAGUUCCCAAGCCCCUUCUCAGCUCUGCCCACACUCUUCUGCCUGCCUGUCCAGCAUCAUGAAGGUCCUCGUGGCUGCUGUCUUUGUCCUCUGCACUGUGGCCCUCUGCUCCUGUGCACAAGAAAGGAUUCACACCCCACCCACUUGCUGCUUCACCUACACCUCCAGGAAAAUCCCCCGUGGAAAUGUGGUUAACUAUUUAAAGACCAGCAGCAACUGCCCCCAAUCUGGUAUCAUCUUCCUCACCAGAAGGGGCCUAUCUGUCUGUGUCAAUCCUGCUGAUAGCUGGGUCCAGAAAUACAUCAGGGACCUGAAGAAGAGCCCCUGAGUGGUCCAGAAGGAACCUAUUGAAAUGUGGGCAGAGAUUGGGCCUCAGGGACCUGAGCAAGGGGACUGCAAGCCCGGAAGUUUCCUCUCCCAUGAGUCCCUCUCCCCUCCACUCACCACAUUCUGGAAACUUUCUUUACUUUAGUUAAACUACUGAAAUGUAGAUUGUUUUAUUCAUUUGAUGCUUUCUCUGAGAAAUCCUAUGAUGCCCUCUCAUUCCUAAGCCCCUUCCCAGUCAAUCACAUGGAGGCUGAUGAGUAAUGAUUUAUACUCUGUCUCUGGCUACACAUCCAUCAACAGAUGCUUAUUGAGUUUUUCUGAGACUUUUCCUCUGUUAAAAAUGUCAGAAUAAUAAAGAUUAUUUUUGUUUCUUAAAUAUAUUUUAGACUUCUGGCUUCACUUUUUUUUCCCCUUGACAAAUCAGUUUCAUUGGUUGGAAAGAAUAAGAAAGAAUGCUUAGAGGCAUCUGAGCAGAAAGGGAAGUCAAGAGAAUGAGGAUAAGUGUCAUUUCAACCACACCAGCUUUAUACCAGAGAAAUACUUCUUGUAGUUCAGAAAAAAAGCAAAGGAUUGAAAACAAAUGUAAAUUAACUUGCAGCAAGGAAAUUCAUCACUUAAAUAACACCAAACCAAAGCAUUCGAUCAUGUGUAUUUAAGCUUUCUUAAGAAUAAGGACUAACAGCUUUUGAGGACUUACUAUGAACCACGGUCUAUACUAAGGGAUUUACAUGCAUAGUCUAUUCUUCAAAAUCACUGUGCUGUGUGUACUCUGAGUAUCUCCCUUUGACAAAUGAGAAAACAGUUUCAGUGAGCUUAUCCAAGGUCAUACAGCUAGUAACGCCACAGUCAAACCUGCAGAUGAGAGCAAGACCCACACUCUCAACUUAACACUAAGAAACUGUCUCUCAGAGUUCCACUUGAAGCAGAUUUACCAGGAAUGCACAAUUCCCUGCCAAGAGACAGACUACCUCAGCGAGCCAGAAGUGAGUUGCUGGUUAAAGAAAGGAUAGAAAUCCAGGGAUAGCCUGGCACUGAAACCUCUUCUAGACUGAGGAUAUUGGCAAUUCAGAAGAGGUGGCUAAGAAGGUGAGCUGAACCUUUCUCAGCCUUGCUGGACUGGUGGAGAACAAAGUCCAGGGCUGCCCAAAUGAAGGGACAACAAGAAACCAUCCUUUGUCUGGGCUGAUGC